GCGCAUGCGUAAAUAGAAUAAUUGUCGUGACGUCACUUUGUGGAGUUGGCAAGGUCGCGGAAAAAAAGGAGAUGUGGUGCUGACCUCGGAAGACUGGACGAACAAAUCCCGCCGACAUGUCGUUUGGCAGUACGCUGGGUAUUCUUGACCUCUUUGAGAAGGAGGACCCCUUCCUCAAAGAUACCGGCGGCCUGUUCACCAGCGAUCUUCCAGACGCCGGAUUGUUGCCGGAACUCGAGAGUGAAAGCAUCGACUUCUGGACCAAGUAUCUGAUUGGAGACUCGGCCUUGCCCUCGCUGCACGAUGACGUGCCCGACUCCGUGCCAGACCUUGUGUCGGCGAUGUUGCCAGCGUUGCCGUCGCAGGAGCACAGCUACAGCCUGUCUCCUGACGGCAGCGUGGCCAGCUUGCUGUCACCUCGGACAGGCCCGGGGUCCGACAGCUCUGAAUUCUCCACACUAGAUGGCCAUCAGGAAGAGGCAAUGGACUUUGAUGAUCCCCUGUACGUUGACGUUGUUGGCUUGGAAGAGUAUGACAACAGUUCAGUUUCACCGUCCUCAGUUGUGGAAGAGUGUGUAUCAACAUCAUCACCCCCGGAUGACAUCGCGGCUGAUGUGAUUGUUGCUACUACGGAUGCGAAAGAGUGUGAGCCUGUGGUGAUUGUUGAUGACAUUGUUCUGCCUGAUGUCUUGGAAGCUCCUGACAGCCCUGAAGCUCCGCUGAGCCCCUCUGCAAUGUCAUCCUGCAGUUCAACACACAGUUCCCCAAGUGCUGGGAGCCGAUCCAAUAAGAAGACGGAAGAUGUUUUACACCUGACAGAAGAAGAGAAACGGCUUAUGCACAAAGAAGGCAUUGUCCUGCCGACAACAAUGCCCCUCACUAAGGCUGAAGAAAGGGAGCUCAAAAAGAUUCGAAGAAAGAUUCGAAAUAAGCAAUCGGCACAGGACAGCCGAAAAAGAAAGAAAGAAUACGUUGAUGGAUUAGAGAGCAGAGUUAAACUUUGCACUGCACAGAACGUCCAGCUCCAGAAGAAAGUAGAGCUACUGGAAAAACAGAACGGCUCUCUGCUUCUUCAGCUCAAGCGUUUGCAAGCUUUAGUUGCAAAUUCUUCUGGCCGCAGUGCACAGACAAGCACUUGUGUCAUGGUUUUACUGCUCUCUUUCGCCCUGCUGCUGUUCCCGAACCUGCGUACAAACUCCGGGGACAACCUUGAUCUCAUAUUGAAGUCGGCGUCUGAGAAACUGGCCCCGAUUUCAGGGCGUUCUCGUUCCCUGCUCUACGCCUCGGAGCCAGCGAGAGACUUCCACCAGGAGUACACUGAAGCCACCAAGGCUGGAGCCCAAUACAUCGAGGAGGACAUUGACGCCUCGGACGACGAGGGCGUCUCGGCAUCGUCGCCGUUGCCCUCAUCACAGGCGUCCAAGUGGGCGCCGUCCUCCAGCAAGAGCCUAGGCUGGGGCUUAGACCUCAGCUUCAGCCUCGCUGGAGGCAAGCGCCACUGGACAGCGGUGUCCGAGGACACGGCUCGCCCAGUGGGCACCGCCACGACCAUCCCGCCAGACAAGAGGGCUCGGCUUGGAAACUACAGCGCCCUACCAUCUCACAACAACAGUCUGCACCACCAUCCAGUGGUGAUCCAGAUGCAGCGGCAGGCCUGACAACGAGGCGUACGAUCUGUGCAUGCACAAUUUUCUCUCACUCACUCUUUGGUCAGCUGAUUUUGUCCCUCUCACAUCUUUUUUUUUUUUUUUUCUUUUUUUUUUAGGUCCCAUAACUGGCAUGUGGAAGGAGGCUGUUCCUUGUUUUUGCAUGCCUCGUUAUUUCCACUGCAUACUUUUUUUUUCUCACUCUCUCCAUUUCUCUCAUUAUAGGUCAUUACUUCAGUCCUUUCAGCUCUAACAUCACAUCAACUAGUAAAAGUCAAAUUUGGUACUUUUCGUGAAUCAGUAAAACAAAAAAUGUAUGUGGUAAAGCUGCUCGCUGAUUGAGAGGGAGACCGAGUGCACAGAAAGAAAGGCUGCUUGUGCAGACUUUGCCAGAUGAUAUGUUUGAAACUUUGGUGUAGUUGCUGAUAAGGUUUGCGUGAAAAGCGCCUCCAGUGCUCCCCUUACUCUCCCCUCCCCUACACUUUCUUUUUUACCUUAGCCGCGUCCCCCGUCACCAGGAGAGGUGUUUUGUUAUUGAGAUCAUUCUUCUGUUGUGUUCAGUUCACCUGUGACCCUUCUUUUUAUUUUUUUUAUUUCUCUUAGUGUACGUGUAAUGUGAGACAAUGCAUGUACACUUAGCUCACAAGUUUGCGAUGCAGACUAAAUUGAGAGGUCAGGUAAGGACUGUUAUAAAAUAGCAACACACCUGACCUCUUUAACUGUGUCCAAGCGUGGAUUGUCAUGUUGUUUACAGAACUUGUAAGUUUCUAGCUGAUGUCUUGGUUGGGACAUGCUGAUGGGUGUCCCAGGCAUCUCUCAAGAGAUUUUAGCAUCGGUCCUGUCGUGUCAUCUGCCGUGUGCCGCUUGCUACUGUUUUGUGAUGUCUGCUAAGAUCCAAAGAGACCCCCUGCCCCUUUCUUCCCUUUUGCUUUGGUGAUUGUAAUUUGCAACCAUUCCUUCUCUCGUUUCUAUGCUAUCCAUUCGCGGACCAUGCAGCUUUUCACGAGCAGUAGCGCGUGUGUUCUGUCGUCACCGAGGUGCAGGGCUCUUUGUGUUGGCCUGCCUUCUUUUUUUUUUUUUAGCCUUUCUGCAGAUGGCUGUGUUUUUACAACACCUGCAAUAUAUUUACAAGGAAUGUACUAUUAUAUACAUAUAUUUUUGUCACAUGUUGUAUCACACUGAUGAUGGGGUGCUUGACUAACUUCUCUGUACACCUCCCCUUACCUGGUGCGUGGUGGCUCCCCCCCCCCCCUUUUUUUUCAUUGCCUCCCUGUGGAGUGGAUGUCAACUUGAUUUAUCAUUGGCAUGAAUGAUUCAGAGAGAAUGCAUAGACACCACAUUGGCAUCAUAUAGGUGUUUGAAAUAAAACCUCCAUGAAAUUGUG